AUGACAGUGUUAGAAUCAUCUGUUACUGCAGAAACGAGACACGAGCAAUGGAUGAAAGAAUUUGGGCGCAGUUAUGAAGACGAUGCUGAGAAGGAGAAACGGUUCAAAAUUUUUGCGGAGAAAUUAGAAUACAUAGAGAGGUUCAACCGUGAUGGGAAUGAGACUUAUGAGUUGGGUUUGAAUCAAUUUUCAGAUUUAACAUAUGAAGAGUUUGUUUCUGCAUAUGGUUGUUCCCGUCUUGAAAACCAUUUACUAGAGUCAUCCAUCUUCAAUUCAAGUGAAAUUCCAACUAUCGAGUUACCUAAGGUGCCUCCAAAAAGAAAAAGAAGUCCACCUAGCAGGCCUCCAAGGCCUCCAAAAAGAAGAACUCCACCUAGCACGCCUCCAACAACAGGAAUUCCAGGUAGAGUAAAUUGGAGAGAAAAAGGAGCUGUCACCAUCGUCAAGAACCAAGACAAGCCAAAACAAUGUGGAAGUUGUUGGGCAUUUGCGGUAACUGCAACGGUAGAAGGAAUUAUGAAAAUCAAACAGAACCGCCCAUUGGUUGCAUUGUCUGCACAAGAGUUGAUCGAUUGUGACCAAGGGAACAAUGGAUGUGAUGGAGGUAAGGCAUCUAUAGCUUUUGAGUAUAUCGUGAAAAAUGGAAUAACAAGGGAUGUUGAUUAUCCUUAUAGAGCUCAAAAGCUCGGAUGCAAUAGAGGAUCCAAACGUAGUUUUGCAAAUAUUAAAGGUUAUGCAAAAGUAGAAGCAGGUGAACAAAACCUACUAGAAGCUGUGGCACGACAACCCGUUGCAGUUUAUAUCUCUGCCGACAAACACUUUGAAGACUAUAAAGGAGGAAUAUAUGGUAGCGGGCCAUGUAAACCGCAGACGAAUCUCAAAGUUAACCAUUUGGUUACCGUAGUUGGUUACGAAGAGGACUAUUGGUUGAUUAAGAAUUCUUAUGGUACAGGUUGGGGUGAGACCGGAUACAUGAAAUUGAAAAGGCAAGGUUCUUCUCCAAAUCCUGUUUGUGGUAUUGCCAUGGUAGCUUCUUUUUAUCCCACCACUUUUUGA